GAUCAGUCGGCGCGAGCGAGUCUUCAGCCGAAGAGAAGUCGAAGCUCUGAUUGCUGAAGGCCGAUCAAUUAUUGUCAUGAAUGGGAAGGUGCUCAAGGUCGAUGCGUGGCUCAAAUAUCACCCUGGCGGUGACAAGGCGAUCAUGCAUAUGAUCGGUAGAGAUGCUACAGAUGAAGUGACAGCGUAGUCUGCACUCCGCCGAAGCCCUCGAGCGUAUGCACGCCUACCAGAUCGGUGUCAUUGAAGGACGCUGGUCCAACUUCCUUCCCCCAAUUCAAGGAGGUCAAUUUCGAUUGAAACAUGUCCUUGACGCCGAGGACCAUAUCCUCGAUGAAGAGCACGACUCGUCAAGUCAGGCAAGCUCAGGAGAGCCCUCACCACUGUUCGAACCUGUCGAUGCACAACUCCGCCAGCGCAAGCCCGUCAUGUCACGAGCAUCCUCCUCCACAUCCAUGUCGUCGCUGGACGUCGACAACGAGAAACCACACAACAUCCACGACCCCGAGAGCGACUGGACGAAAGACCAGAUCAACAACGACUUGGAGAAAUAUCCCGAGCUGGAUCAAAAGACGCAGGGUGACAUUAUGAAAAAGUACCGCUCGUUGGACCAGCGUAUGAGAAGCGAAGGCCUCUACAACUGCAACUACAAAUCCUACGCGAUUGAGAUAUCACGAUACUCUUUCCUGUUCGCUAUGUUCCUUACCACCUUGCAUUACGGAUGGUACUGCACGUCUGCCGUCUUCCUUGGUUUCUUCUGGCACCAAUUGGUCUUCAGUGCUCACGAUGCUGGUCAUAUGGGUAUCACGCACAAGUUCCACGUUGACACUGUCAUUGGCAUGGUCAUUGCAGAUUUUCUUGGAGGUUUGAGUCUAGGAUGGUGGAAACGCAGCCACAAUGUCCACCACAUCAUCACAAACUCUCCGGAGCACGACCCCGAUAUCGAGCAUAUGCCUUUCUUCGCCAUCUCCCAUCGCUUUUUCAAGUCGCUCCGAUCUACAUACUACGACCGCGUCAUGACAUACGACCCUUUCGCAAAAUUCCUUAUCCAAUAUCAACAUUGGUUAUACUACCCUAUCCUCUGCGUUGGCCGCUUCAAUCUCUACCGCCUGAGCUGGGAGUACCUCAUCCUUGGUCUUGGUCCUCGCAAAGGUCCUGCAUGGUGGCAUCGCUGGUUUGAAAUUGCCGGCCAGUUCUUCUUCUGGUACUGGUUCGGCUACCAAGUCUUGUACAAGAGCAUUCCCGAUGGCUGGAGCCGUUUCGCUUUCAUCAUGAUCAGUCACGCCGUCACGAUGCCCCUUCACGUUCAGAUCACACUCAGCCACUUCGCCAUGAGCACCGCUGAUCUCGGUGUCAACGAGUCUUUCCCCCAGCGUAUGCUUCGCACGACCAUGGAUGUUGACUGUCCUCAAUGGCUUGACUUCUUCCACGGUGGUCUUCAAUUCCAAGCCAUCCACCACUUGUAUCCUCGCAUGCCUCGCCACAACCUGCGCAGAGCUCAAAAGCUUGUCCAAGAGUUCUGCGAUGAUGUGGGUAUUCCCUACGCUAUCUAUGGCUUCUACGAUGGAAACAAGGAAGUCAUUGGACGUCUCGGCGAUGUCGCUAGACAGGCGAAAAUCUUGGCUGCUUGCCAGAAGAGUAUUGCCGAGAGUGGUGAGAUGCACUAGAAAAGUUCUUCGCCUCCUCUCGUUUUAGCAAAUUAGAUGAUCUAGAAAUUAGAAUCUAAAUGAAUUAUGUUUUCUGUAC